CACAUAUUUUGUAUACAUUUAUUCAACUAAUACAAUUAAUUAAACAAAAAAUGAGUAAUUUCGAAAGAGAACAAACGUAUUUUAUAUAAGAACAAUCGAAAAUGAAUAUUUACGAGUAAUUAAGGACGAAAAAAUAUUAAAAAUUGCAAUCGAGGGGCUAACUUUUAGAUAUAUUUUUAAUAUUUUUUUUAAAAUAAAUAAAUGGGGAACAAACAAUUAUUAACAAUGAACAAUCAAGAACAAAUGAUGAACAAACGAAUUAAUAGAAAAUAAGUAGAAAACAGGAAAAAAAAAUUUUUUUGAGGGGCUAACUUCAUUCACCUUAAAUGUAGCUAAAUAUUUAUUAAAAUGUAGAGUUCGCAAUUAGUGAAUUGUUUAAAAAUGAUUAUAUUACUGUAGGUGCUACGAACUAUAGAAAAUUUAGUACACACUGUUAAUACUUCAUUGUAUUCAUAAUAAAUAAUUAAAUAACUCAAGGGUCUACCUAAAUGAUUCUUCAAUUCUUCACUAAUUAUUAACCGCUCCUUCGUUUCAGCCUCAUCAAUAUCAAAUGUAAACAAUGUUCGAGUCAGAUGAAAAUGAUGUAUGGGAAGAUCUAUCAAAUAUUCCUGCUGAUCCACCAGUCAUGAGAGAUUUAUGUGUUAAUUGCCAGAGGCCGUCAGUAGUUUGUUGGUGUCUAGCACUUCCUUCUGAAAGACUAUCCCCAAGAAGCACCAUUAUACUUCUGCAGCAUCCAGCAGAAGAAAAGAGAUGUCUUCGAACAGCUCCCAUGCUACAAUUAGGCUUAGCCCCAAACAAGUGCCUUAUUUUUAAAGGGAAAAGAUUUCCUUCAUUGAAACAUGAAAAUUUAGAAAAACUUUUGACCCAACCCAACACGGUACUUUUGUAUCCUAGUAAAACUGCAAUUGACAUUAGAAGUUUAGAAUUAGUUUGCGACAAUUACAAUUUGGUGUUGAUAGAUGGAACAUGGCCACAGGCAAAGGCAAUCUUUGCCUCCAGUCCAAUACUCCACAAUUUAAGACAUGUGAAAUUGAUGACCACUAAUACUAGUAGCUACAUCAUAAGAACACAACCCACAGAAGGAUGUCUCAGUACUUUGGAAACAGCAGCUGAAGCACUAUCUCAACUUGAAAAUAACUCCAUAUAUAGAGAACAACUUGUUCAACCACUCCAUAUAUUGUGUAAAUAUCAGUUGGAAAAUGGUGCUGUCACUCACCAGUCUAAAGAGUUUUUAAUAAAAACAAAUACAUAUCCCAAAUUGAUAGGAAAGAGAUUAUCAAAGUUACUUAGAUCAACAAGUGAUAAUAUUGAAGAAAAAGUAUAAUAGUUUUCAAUUAUGUGUAACGUAUUAUAUAUAUAGUAUAUGCUUAAAAAAACAAUUCCAAUUUAUUUGUAAGUAAAAACAAAGAGAAUAUUAAAAUGUAUAAGCACAUAUUUGGCUAUGUGGUGCCAAUCCUUUCCAAGUGUCUUAAAAGAUGAUUAUGUGAUUCACCUGAAAAUGGGCAGCCAGAUUUUUUGAGUAUUAUACAAUUGUACUAAA